AUGUAUCUCAAGUGGCCUCAAAUGUUUGCCUUAUUAAUGUUUGUGGCAAAAAGUUUCGCAAACUCUCAGGUAGCCAGUGAAAAUCUGUACAGUUCGCUAAAUGCCAUUGUAAAUGAAUCGUUGAUUUUUGAUCGUAUUGUGCUCUAUGCCAACUUCAAUAGUUCAUCACAUGUGGAAAGUUUGUAUUUUAAUGACAUGGUGGGUAGAGUUUUAAGUGGCCUCGAACAUCUUGCAGCAAAAGUUCUUCUUCAUCGUGAAAAGGUCAUCUUCAAAGUGCAGCACAGUGAGUUGUUGUUCUUCAGCGACAUUAAAUGGCUAAAAUACUUUUAUGAAAAUGUUAAACGAGGUGGCAAUUAUAACUUGUCGCGAUCUGUCUUCUAUAUAUCAUCUAUAACCACAUUGGAUGAGAUGCAAAUCUCAAGUGUCUUUCGCAUAUUGUUCAACUUGAGCAUGUUGAAUGUGGUGCUGGUGGUACAAUUGGCUGAGGAUGAUAUCGCUAUGGUCACCUAUUUUCCAUUUACGCCGCAGUCGUGCUUUAGCGUGCAGCCAAUUGUGGUAAAUCGUUUUGAUGCUGUGCAAAAGAAGUGGCAGCACAAUGACUUCUUUCCCCAUAAAUUGCAUAAUUUCUAUGGAUGUUCCCUGACAUGUGCCACUUGGGAAGAUAUGCCUUAUUUGGCCUUGAAGUCCAGUACGGCCGUUGGCCGUGCCUAUGAAUUUGAUGGCUUUGAGGGGAAACUAUUGGAAUUUUUGGCUGAGAAUUUAAAUUUCACCAUUAAGUUGUAUAUGAUGAGCGAGAUGGAGAUUGCUGAGACUUUUAACGAGACUGGAUUGAUUUUUGAAGAGAUGUUCUCCACCUCGGCUGACUUUGCCCUGGGUGGCUUCUAUUACAAACCAUAUUUGAACACAACAUCACCGUACAGUCAAACGAAUUACUAUUACCUCUCGGAAACUUUCAUGAUAUCGAAUGUGUUCAACGUUUACAGUACAUACGAAAAAAUUGCCUAUCCCCUGCAAGUAAAGCUCUGGUAUGCCAUUGGACUGACACUUCUGCUAAGCUCUGCACUUAUUAUGGCCUUUGAAUGCCGACAAAAAUUGCGCAAUUUUUUAUUUGGCGAGUCCAAUACCAUGCCCCAAUAUCAUCUCUACAUACUGGCGUUUGGUGCAAAUAUGGCUAACAAUCAAUUGCCGCGUUAUAAUUUUUCACGUUUCCUGCUUGCAACCUGGAUGUUGGCCACCUUGGUGAUACGCAGUGCCUAUCAGUCGGGCAUGUAUGAGAUGUUGCGCGACAAUAAGCACAGUAAUCCACCGCAAACGAUAGCGGAAGUCCUGAAGCAGAACUAUGUUGUACUCUUGAAGGGCAGCCACAAAAGCCUCUUUGAAAUUUUGCCGGAUAUGAGGAAUGUUCGAGAUUUUAAUGGCACCAUGAUGGAAGCGUUUGGUCAGUUGGCCGAGGCCAAUGUACGCACAGCCCUAGUGACGCAGUAUGAAUAUUUUGGACACUAUAGCAAAUUGAAUGCCUCGAAUUGGCAGAGAUUACAUUUGGUCAACGAGCGCAUCUACCAACAGCAAUUGGCCAUGAAUGUGCGCCGCCAGUCGUAUUUGGUUGAGGAAUUGAAUAAAUGGAUUACUAUGGCCCAAUACUAUGGAUUUUUCGAUAGAUGGCUUAGUGAAAUGGAAUUGGAUAAGAAAAAGACACCUCACACCAUUGCGAGGACGGUGCAAACGAACAUCUUGACCAUGAAUGAAUUGGGAGCACUGUUUAUGAUCUUAAUUUGGCUACAUCUAUUGGCCGUGUUCGUGUUUCUAAUUGAGGUGUGGUGGCACAAAUACAGCCCACGUAUGAGACGAAUUGUAAGAAUACCAUGGUUGUUUGUGUGA